AUGGCACAGGUCAAGAUGCAAGAAAUCAAAGACUUCACCAGUGUGGAGCGCAUUGGCGCGCAUUCGCACAUUAGGGGUCUGGGUUUAGACGAUGCUAUGGAACCACGGGCUUCAUCACAGGGAAUG